AUGGAUAUAAGCAAUAAGUCAAAACCAUUUUGUUGUCUGGAUGUUAGUCAGGAAGGGUUAAAAAAACUUCCAGUGAAAGUAGUAUUUUGUCUGAUUGGGAUAUGUUAUUUAGCAGUCAAUGCACUAAUUAUUUUUGUAUUACCGUUUUUGUAUUCUCUAGUUACAGUCAUAUUUUGGUUUAUUAUAGCGCAGGGAUUGGUGUACUUAAUCACAUAUAAUUAUUACCAGUGCCAUUACGUGACUGCAGAAUGUAUUCCUAAACAAUAUUAUCAAGUUGAUGAAGAAAAAAAAGAAGAGGAUCAAUACUGUGAUAUUUGUAAGAGAUAUAAGGCGGAUAGAGUUCACCAUUGUAAUGUUACAAACCAAUGCAUUUAUAGAUAUGAUCAUUAUUGUGCAAUGGUAGGAAAUAGUUUGGGGUAUCAUAACUAUAGAUAUUUCUUUUUAUUCCAAUUCUAUCUAUGGGUUGCAUUAUUAUUAGCAGAUGUUCAUUUGUACAUGAUAGUUGUAUAUGUUGGUAGUGUUUGUUAUUCUUUUUUCCAUCUACCACUUCAAUAA